GUAUUUACCGUGCGGCUAUUUCAUUACGCGCGAUCAAUCGAUAAUUCGUUCGUAUUUAGCGUUUCGUGAAAAUCUUUCGUUUGUUCCUUCGAUCGAACGUACGUAUCUCGUAUCGUAUGUAUCAGCGAUAUCGAUAUUCGUCCCUUGCUCCUGUCCAUUACGUUCUUUCGCGUUUCGUCGGAAAAAGUCUCCUGACUCAAUCGCGUUUUUUUCAACGCGUUGCUUACGGUUUUACGAGACGCGAUUUGCAAUUUCAUCAAUGAAAACACUCCUUUUAAUAUCUUUCUUCUAAUAUUAGUCUUUCAACGCGGUUUCCUUCGUUUUGUAAUAUGUACGCGAGAUAUUUAGAAGGAAGAAGGAAUCGAGCAAGAAGCGUGGUUUGUUUUCUAAAAACAAGAGAAAUAUAUAGAAAAAGCCCAAGGAAAACUAGAGAACGAGGUAUAAAUUAUUAUACUCGGUGACUACGUGUGAGAUACAAGUUUUCGCAACGAAAGAUAUUUAACGCGCCGAGGGUGCGUGCCGAAAAAUUGAAAUAAACCGCUUCUCUCGCCAAUGCGUUUCUUUCGUAUUUAACGAAUGAAACGAUAUUCUCGACAGAUGGGUGGAAAACAAACGAAAAAGCAAUUUAGAAAGGACGAUAUUAAAAUUCUGCGGUGUCUCAUAAAGUCUCGUUAAGGCUUCCUAUCGUUUUAUCGCUCUGUAAUUUCUAUGACUUUUAUCGCGUCGUUAAAUUCAUUACUUGGUCGAUAACUCGAUUAACCGUUUUGCUGGAGAACGUAAUAAAUUAUCGACGGAUCCGGGAAACAUAGAAACAAUCAGGAAAACCAACCAGGCAAGGAAAGAAUUCAAGAAAAAUAAAGUAAGAAUUUGCUCUGCAAAUGGUCUGCGUCUACGGAGAUUCGGUGCCGGCUACGACGAAGCGUUCUUCGACAAACAACGAAGGAGUAUCGUCGAAGAAGACCCAUAGGAACCGGCAAGAGUGCAGGCAACGCGUUCAAGCAAGAAAACGAGCGGCAACGAAGGCAGUUGGAUAAGAGAAAAGGCACCCUCUGUUACGUAACCACCAGCGUUUUCAUGAAAUUUUUAUUCAGUGUGUCGACGGGGAAAUUGAAAAUGUACGUCAACUACGAGAUGAGAGGGUGUAAUAUGCGUGCGAUUUCGCCUGACUCUUCGUUGAAACGCGCAUGGCCGUGGAAACGGCGCGUAUUUAAGGGCUGAUCUCUCCCGUAUCUCCUCACUAUCAUCGUAUCUUUGGAUCUUACCACAGACGUAUAUCGCACAUCUGUCCCCGUAUUCGCCAAUCGUCCAGUGUCCAGUGAAUCGACCAGCAUUCGCAAGGAUCGUCCACGUCGCAUUUUCUUCGACGUUCGUGCGUUACCUUGGACCUCUACGUUCGUGAACAGGAUGAUGAGCUCAACGAUCGUGAUCCUCUUUUCAAUGACAACCAUGGCCAUAUCCUAUAACAAUGUCCUGGCAGCUUUACCAACCCAAUGUAAUCCUGGAUUCUUGGAUGAUCUUCCACCGAGGAUCCGGAAGGUUUGCGCCGCUCUUUCAAGGAUAUACGAACUUGGUUCAGAGAUGGAAAGUUAUAUCGAUGACAAGGAUAAUCAUAUAUCAGGGUUUCACGAAAGCAUCCCGUUACUAGACAGUGGCGUUAAGAGACAGGAUGUCGAUCAUGUUUUCCUACGCUUUGGAAGGCGUCGUUAAACAUGACGCAAAUGAUGACGCUUCGCACUUGAAACGAUCCAACAGUUCAAUUCACCGCAUCGUCAAGCUACAAAAGAAGAAAAAAAUGUCUGCAAACCCCAUUUAGAGAUCCUUACUUAUCUUCAUAUCGCAUAUAACAAUUUGUGUUUUUCCUUAAUAAUCGAAUAAUUAAAUCUGAUAAUAACGAUAAGCGAGCAAAAGUAAUGGCUCUCUAAUUAAAAUCCUGACAAUUUACUCGUGCAGCUUCUGAUUUCAUUUAAAUACUGUUUAAGAAGUUUCUUUUCCUUCCAUCUCCUUGCUAAUAAAUUCUAUAAUGAUAGCAUUAACGACUUGCACUGGUGAACAUUAAUUUACUUCUUCUUUAUAAGAUUCGAUGACUCUUUCAUUUUGUCGUUUUUUUUUUUUUUUUUUUUUUUUU